GGGGGUUUGCUUCUUUGCGCGAGAGCGGGGAUCCGGCCCAGGGUGGCGGCGGCGGCGGCGGCCACCCCCGCGACCACAGCGGCGCAGGCAACGGCAGAGCCCGUCGCUGCCGGAGGAGGGAGGUGCGGCGGCAGGAGGUCCGCCGAGGGGCCGGUCGCGGCCUGUCUGCGGAGCAGCUGCCUGUGUCGGAGCUGCCUCGGAAGGAGUCCGGGCUGGGAGGCCGCAAACGCAGGUCGGCCGCGGGGAGCUCCGCAGCUGCUCUGGCCUGGCCCGGCCUGUGCCGAGCCGCGUCUCUCUCGAGGCGGUGGCGUGAUUGUUCCGGGCCCCGGUGACGAUGUCGGCGGGAAGGCGCGAGAGGAGCCGGCGGGGCAGGACGGGCGAGAGGCUUUGCUGGGCCGCGGGGCGUCGUUGGGAAUGGUCUCAGGAAGCUCCUAAUGGCGCCAGCUUAUGUUGAGCAUGAGUCUUGUCAUGAUAAGCGAGAAUGUCAAACUGGCCCGGGAAUAUGCCUUGCUAGGAAAUUAUGAUUCUGCGAUCGUUUACUACCAGGGAGUACUUGACCAAAUAAACAAAUAUCUCUCCUCUGUCAAGGAUGCAUAUCUCCAGCAGAAAUGGCAACAGGUUAGACAGGAAAUAAGUGUAGAAGCCAAGCAUGUGAAAGAUAUCAUGAAAACUCUAGAAAGCUUUAAAUUAGACAGCACCCCUUUGAAAGCUGCACAGCAAGAAUUACCAGCUCAUGAUGGAGAAGUCUGGUCAUUGCCUGUACCUGCUGAACGUAGAUCCUCACCAGGACUGCGGAAACGCCAGUCUGCUCAGUGCAAUGACUGUAGAAGUCAUAAUAACCGAGCAGGUGCAGUAGCCAGAGCCCCACAUCGUCCCUCCUCCCGAAACACAAAUGAUAAAGGCAAAAUAAUUCGUGGCCGAGAAAAGAAGGAUCCUCAAAAUAAAGGAAAAGAGGACAAAAGUAAGUCUUCAUCUGACAUUUCAGAACCUGAGCCAAAGAAAUUUGAUAGUACUGGGUAUGAUAAAGACUUAGUAGAGGCUUUGGAAAGAGAUAUUAUUUCUCAGAAUCCCAACAUCCGAUGGGAUGAUAUAGCUGACUUAGUGGAGGCUAAAAAAUUGCUUAAAGAAGCUGUAGUCUUACCCAUGUGGAUGCCAGAAUUCUUUAAGGGAAUUAGAAGGCCUUGGAAGGGUGUAUUGAUGGUUGGACCUCCUGGUACUGGAAAAACCCUUCUUGCAAAAGCUGUAGCUACUGAAUGCAAGACAACUUUUUUCAAUAUAUCUUCAUCAACACUUACUUCAAAAUACAGAGGAGAAUCUGAAAAACUUGUUCGGCUGUUGUUUGAAAUGGCUCGAUUCUAUGCACCAACAACAAUAUUUAUUGAUGAAAUAGACUCUAUCUGUAGCCGCAGAGGAACCUCUGAGGAGCAUGAAGCCAGUCGAAGGGUGAAGGCAGAACUGCUUGUUCAAAUGGAUGGUGUUGGAGGGGCUUCUGAAACUGAUGACCCUUCAAAAAUGGUUAUGGUACUAGCUGCAACUAAUUUUCCAUGGGAUAUUGAUGAGGCUUUAAGACGACGGCUAGAGAAAAGAAUUUACAUUCCUUUACCAUCAGCUAAAGGCAGAGAAGAACUUUUAAGAAUAAAUUUGAGAGAACUAGAGCUUGCUGAUGAUGUUGACCUUGCAACUAUAGCACAGAAUAUGGAAGGCUAUUCUGGUGCUGACAUUACCAAUGUGUGCAGGGAUGCUUCACUGAUGGCUAUGAGAAGACGCAUUGAAGGCUUGACGCCUGAAGAAAUUAGAAAUCUUUCCAGAGAUGAAAUGCACAUGCCAACAACAAUGGAAGACUUUGAAAUGGCUUUAAAGAAAGUUUCUAAGUCAGUCUCUGCUGCGGACAUUGAAAAAUAUGAGAAAUGGAUACUUGAAUUUGGAUCAUGCUAAGCCUAUUGUGAGAAAUCUGCCUUACAUCUUCAAACAAUUCCAAAAGUAAUUAAAAAUAGUACUCCAGGGCACUGACUACUGUUUUUUUAAAGUUUUAUAAUUACAUAAACAACAAUGCUUAAUAAAGUUCAUUUCUUAAA